AUGGCGCUCAAUCUGGACACUUCAGAUCGCCCGGGUCUCCGACUGCCCAACCCGCCGCCUCUCCUCCAUACGCGUGUCGGAAAUGAAUCCCUGGAUCGCCCCUCAACACCCGCCGAGACUGGAUUUACCAGCCCCGUGCAGACUCCUCAGGGCAGUCCCAGCAAAAACCGCAUGCCCCCCGGUGCCAUCGACCUUCCCAACGUGUUCGAAAAAGCGCUGAAGCUGAACCCCACUUCGCCCACCAAGGGCACCUACAACCACUACAAUCAUCCCAUGUUCGCGCCCCCCCGAAACGGUGAGGACUUUACCGAGAGCGUUAUCCGUCAGCCCCCUGGCAGUCCCACACGCAAAUCCAACAAGGAAAACACCCCUCCCAACUCCACCCGUCUCACCAAGGAUCUUGGUCCCAACCCCGCCGCUGCCGCUAUCUCCCGCCAUGAGCCAUACCAGCAACGAGAUCUGGAGAGCAUUCAGCGACGUCAGGUCCCCAUGCGUGGGCUGACGCCUGAGGAGCUGGAGAAGCUGCAGAAUCCCCGGGUCAAGCGACUGGUCAAUGUUACGCAACUCUAUUUCCUCGAUCAUUACUUUGAUCUUUUGAGCUAUGUGCAUAACCGUCAGAACCGCUACUCGCAAUUCCGCACCGCCUACCCCGAACCACCCGUGACUCCGAUGGAGGACUAUGAACCCGCCCUGUUGAAAUACCUGGGUCGGGAACGGGCCCACCUCCGCAAACGCCGCACCCGACUCCGUCAGCACGACUUUCAGAUUCUCACGCAGGUGGGCCAGGGUGGCUACGGACAGGUCUAUCUAGCGCAGAAGAAGGAUACGCGGGAGGUGUGUGCGCUGAAGGUCAUGAGCAAGAAGUUGCUGUUCAAGUUGGACGAGAUCCGCCAUAUCCUCACCGAGCGCGAUAUUCUGACGGCGGCCAAGAGCGACUGGCUCGUCAAGCUUCUCUACGCAUUCCAGGAUGAAGACCAGAUUUACCUGGCGAUGGAGUAUGUGCCCGGAGGUGAUUUCCGCACGCUGUUGAACAACACCGGUGUCUUGCACAAUCGCCAUGCUCGAUUCUACAUUGCGGAAAUGUUCAGCUGCAUCGAUGCGUUGCACGCUUUGGGAUACAUUCAUCGCGAUUUGAAGCCGGAGAAUUUUCUGAUUGACUCGACCGGUCAUGUGAAGCUGACGGAUUUUGGCUUGGCGGCGGGUAUGCUGAAUCCGGGAAAGAUUGAAUCGAUGCGGGUGAAACUGGAAGAAGUCGGCAACACACCCGUGCCUUUUGGUCGGCCCAUGGAGCAGCGUACGGUGGCCGAGCGUCGCCAGGGGUAUCGGACGCUGCGAGAGCGCCAGGUCAACUACGCCAAGUCGAUUGUGGGAUCGCCCGACUACAUGGCGCCGGAGGUGUUGAAGGGGGAGCAGUACGAUUUCACGGUCGACUACUGGAGUUUGGGGUGCAUGCUCUUUGAGGCAUUGGCCGGAUACCCGCCGUUUGCGGGCGCGACAGUGGAUGAGACGUGGCAGAACCUCAAGUGCUGGCAGAAGGUGCUCCGCAAGCCAGUGUACGAGGACCCGAACUACUUCCUAUCGCGGCGCACCUGGGACCUGAUUACCAAGCUGGUUGCGUCGAAGGAGAAGCGGUUCAAGAACAUCCAGGAGAUCCACGCGCACGACUACUUCGCCGAGGUGGACUUUCACAAUCUGCGUGAGCAGCGUGCGCCGUUUGUGCCCGAGCUGGAUUCGGAGACAGACGCGGGCUACUUUGACGACUUUACCAACGAAGCGGACAUGGCCAAGUACAAGGAGGUGCAUGACAAGCAACGCGCGUUGGAAGAGAUGGCCGAGCGAGAUGAUAAGAUGAGCAAGGGCUUGUUUGUUGGAUUUACAUUCCGGUACGCCCCCACUUUGCUGUAUGGGUAG